AUGGGUAUCCGACAGUCCAUGAGCGUGGGUCUGCGCCACCACCGUCAGGUCGGUUCCACGGUGGUUACAGCAGUCGAGGCCGUAUCGGGAGAGGGAAUCAGCGCGGAAGUGUCGAGACUCGAAACGGCCGUUCAAUCCGGGAAAGGUCAGUUGAGUCGAUUGGGUGUGGGUGUGGGAGUGGGAGUGGGAGUGAACACGGGAGUGGAGGACGCGGCUGAUUUUGUCUAUGCGGAGCUGGACGCAGCGAGAGCGCUCGCCACCAUCGGAACAGUGUGUCUGUGCUCGGGAGACUCUGGGGGUUCCCGAGAAUUCGAAGAUUCCGACGGGUCCGUGUCCGUGGAAAGGCAAGCGGCGAGCGAGACUGCGUUGAAGGAGACGUUUUCGAGCAGUUUAAUCGGCGGGAUUGAGCACGAGCAGUUGAACGCGAGGAAGGCGGACGCGGAGAGCGUGUUUCAGAACGUACCACCGAGAAUUGUGUUUCCGGAUCCUGGCUCUGUCGUGAGCGUUGGUGAUGGUUUCGAUUAUGAUGCUGGUGCUGGUGUCGGUGCUGGUGUCGGUGCUGUUGGUGUGGUUGCUGGUGAUGGUGAUGGUGCUGGUGCUGGUCGUUUCAGCUCGUUGCGUGGGAAGCACGUGCGCGUUGCUGACGAGGGCGACAGGGUUUCCAUGCGUGCAGUGCGGGACGCCACGCGGUGGCUCACCAAGAGGAAGAGGACGGCGAGCCGAGUCCGUCGCGCGCGCAACCUGCGGUCGAGGAACGACCUGGUGAUUCGCCUCGUGCGGGACCUGUGCGAUCGCAAGCUUGCGUCGGCGGCGGCUGCUGCUGCUGCUGCUGCUGCUGUCGCCGCCUCGUCGGUGGAGGACCGCGGACGUGGUAGUUCGGCGCCCGCUGCUGGUGCUGGUUCUUACAGUCGUCGGCUUCGAGAUGCGUCGGCUACAGAACACAAGGAGUUCUCCCUGGGCGCGAUGCUCGUGGUGGCACCCGUGGUGAGCGAGCACUUCUGCCUUCCAGAGGCUGGGGCGUGGAAGCAGCAGCUGCAGCAGCAGCAGCAGCAGCAGCAGCAGCAGCAGCAACAACAACAAGAGCAGCAGCAGCAGCAUCUGUAUCAGUUUCAGCAUCGUCAUCAUCAGCAGCAGUCGCUGCUGUUAUCUGGGCAACACGCGCCGGGCAGCGGCGGCAACGUCGUGAGCAACGUGCGCGUCUCCUCGUGGAGCGAGGGCCGCCGCUACGCGAAAGAGGCCGGAGAAGCUUCUACUAGUUACGCUGGUUGCGCUGCGCUGCUGCGUGCCAAGGCGCGUGAGGUGGAAAGGGGUGAGGAGAGCGUGAGGACGGAGGAGGAGCAAGGGUUGGGUGAGCUCGCCGCGGGGCGGGGAGGGGGAGAUGGAUGGGUGGUGGACCAGGGGGAAGUGGUGAUGGCUGAUGAAGGGGACGCUGUAUACGUUGGGAACGCUGUCGCGCAGCAGGUUGCGCGCGAGGUCGCGGUGGUGCAGACGUUGGCGGGGGGCCUGUGCGACGGUUUGGGCGACGAGCUGGGCGACGGGGCGACGCUGGAGGUGGCGGUGCAGGGUCUGCUUCCGGAUAGCUGCGCUUUGAACCAAGUGGCUGUGGUGCCCGUGGUGUGCAUUCACGAGGGGCAUGCGGACGACUCAGAGGACGUCCGUAUGGGAGUGCUCGUUGAAAAUCGCAAUCACACCGCUGCUGCUCUCAGCCUUGCUGCUCCCAGUCACGCCGCCGCCACCGCCGCCGCCGUCGCUGCUGCUGCUGCAGCUUCUGUAGCUGCUGUGAAUUGUAAUGGUGGUAUUGGUGGUGGUGGUGGUGGCGGUGGUGGUGACGGUGGUGGAGGAGGUGCGGCUGUUCCGCACUACGAAGUGUCUGGUGACGAAGAGCCGGCCGUUUGUAACCCGGUUACCACCAUGCUGGAGGGUCCGUGCGACGGAGUGUCUGGAGAGGCGUCGGAUGAUGCGGGCGGCAACCCGUCUGAGGUCACGGAGAGCCAGGAAACGCCGCAACUCGAGGAGCAUGAGCAGGGUCUCUGCGAGUCUAAGCACGCUCACGGGUCGAUUGAGGGCCCUCUCCUUGCCCCCGCAGAGCAGGCGGCGGACGAAUUGGCUCGUUCGGUGCAGGCGCAGGAGGAGGAGAACAAGCGGUUACGAGAGGCGUUGGCAGCAGCGCGUGCCACGUGGAAGGCUGUGCAGGACGAGAACAGGCACCUGCUGCAACAGAUGACUCUCCAUGGCCUUGAGCUGCCGGCAUGCGUGACUGCCAAGGCGCAUCAUCUCAACAAAUCUCCUCCGCCGCCUCAACAGCAUCAACCACAGCAACUGCAACAGGACACUGCAGCGAUUUCACCCUUCUCUCCUCCGCCCACCUCCGCCUCCUCCUCCGCAGCAGCAGCAGCUGCAGCAGCGGCGCCAGCAGCAGGGCGUUGCCCCCCCGCCCUCCCCCCGUUCCUCUCUCCGUUCGCCCCUCCCCCGCCCUGGGCAUGCCAUCCCGCCAGACUGCCCCUCCCGCCCUUCUUCCGCUCAUCCGCGCUUCCCCUCCCCGCGCUCUUCCACAAGGGCCUCCCCGCAGGCCCCUGCGCCCCCGCCUGGUUCUCCCGCUCAGCCCCCCUCGCACCACUUGCUUGGGUGAAUAUUUCCCCCCCGCCUGCGCCCGUUCCUCUGCAAUCCGCGAGUGCUGCCACCCCUGCCGCCCUUGCCACGACUGGCGUGACUGCUGCUACAGCUGCUGCUGCUGCUACGGCUCCAGGCGUGCAGGGCGCAACGGGUACAGGGCAGGGUUUGGUUGGUGGUGUGGUAUUGCGUUCUGCUGCAUCUGCUGCUGAGGCUGGUGCUGUCGCAGUUGCUGCUGCUGCUGGUGAUGGUUGUGGGGGGAGUGUUGUGGAUAGCGAUGGGGGCAGUGCGGUUGCAGUGCGCACAGAAGCUGGUACUAGGGAAGCUGAUAACGAGGAGAAGCAAGCCGUUUCCGCUGCUUCUGCUGGUGCUGCAGUUCCUGCAGUUACUGCAACGAAUCAGACCCAGCUGCCACCAGCUGUUGCUGUUGUUCCUGAGGGCUCUUCAGGGGCUGCCCCCUCCUCUCCUGCUGCUAUCUCAACCUCGGCAGCAGCAGCAGUAUUAUCUGCAUCCGCUCCCGCUUCUGUCUGUGCAUAUGCGUCUUCUGCUGCUGCAGCUGUUAAGUCCGUGUCUACCCCCCUGACUUUCUCCUCAUCCUCUGCUCCUUCACUCUCGGCGAGUUCUCUUCGGCCACUGUCUAUGAUUCCCCCCUCCUCGCUCUUCCUCCCCCCAACUCCCUUUCACCACCACCACCGCCACCAGCAGCAGCAGCAGCCACUGCUGCCAGUGCAGCAGCAGCCGCUGUCACAGCAGCAGCAGCAGCAACAACUGCCGUCGCCCUUCCCCUUUUACUUCCCACCCUCCUUCUUCUCUGUUCCCCCCCACGUGCACCCUUCCGCGCUGGCUCGUCGCACCUCCCCUCCCACUGGCGCUGCCUCUGCUGCCGCCACUGCCUCUGCCGGCACAAAACUCAGCCAUGAUGUGAAUAAGCAACAGCCUCGCCGUGCUACCCUAAGGCCCUCCCCUCCCAGUAGCUUCCCUGCCGCUGGUGCCACAGGAGGUCGCUCUGGGGGUGGUGGUACAGACGUUGCUGCGCAAGCUGCGUCUGCUGCUGCCGCCGGAUCUUCUCUCUUGAGCGGUGCUGCUGGUGCUGGGAAGGAAGGAGUGGAAAACAGCAGCUUAGGCGCCUCAGGAGGUGCAGGCGGUUCAGACGGCUCAGGGGGUACUGCAUUUGGAGGGGGCGGUUGUGGAAGUGGCGGGGUAUCGUCAGGAGCAGCAGGAGGGGGUGGUGGUACCAGUGGUGGCAGCGCUGGUGGUGCUAAUGGGGGCUCAUGCCCCUGCCUCCUGGCUUCCCUGUGCCUCCGCCGUCUAUCCUCGCUGCGGCUGCUCGCUCGCACCGGCCCCUCCUCUGGUGCGUCAGGAGCAUUGCUAACAGCAGCAGCAGCCGGCGCUGCUGCCGCCGCUCCUGGCGCCACAGGUUGCAGCGUGGCCGCUGGUAAAUUUGUCGAUAAUUCCGUACUCGAGAGUAACAACAGUUUCUUGGCAGUUUCAGCUGGUGCUGCUGGUACCAACAACAGGUCGUCGUCUUGGGAGAAAAGAGCAUCCGGCUCAUUGUCGCCGACUGCAGCAGCAGGUGGGUUAUCAACAGGAGCAGCCUCUGCUGUGGAGGCUGUAAGAUCGUCCCCGUCUUCCCCCGGUGCCAUGGCUUCAAGUCCUGGUGGGAAGAAGCGGGCACGGGACGAGGGGGGAGACGAUGUGGGACGGGUUCUGCAGCCCGCACAGUCCUUUUUUCCUGGUUCUGGGCCAGCGCCCAUGCCUGAGCCGCUGGUGGUGCUGCUUCCAGGGGGAGUGCGAAUGCCAUGCCCCUGGCCUGCUCCUCUCCCUCGCCCUCCUAUCAUGCCGGUUUCGUCAGCAGUGGCCGGAGGAGUGGGAUUGGGAGGAGUGGGAGGAGGAUGUGUGAUGGGGCCAGUGGCUGUGGGCAUGGGAAGUGCAGCUGCAGAGGCGCGGAAGCGGAGGAGGGAGGUGAAGAGGAGCAAGGGCAUGAUGGGUCAGGCGAUGGUGGCAGGUGCACAGUUUACUACCGGGGGUGCUGCUGCUGCUGGCGGUGGUGCUGCUACUGGUGGUGACGGCGUGGGUCCAGCAGCUGCUGGUGCUCCUAUUGCUGCUGCUGCUGCUGCUGCUGCUGGAGUAUUUGUUCAGGCGCCAGGGGAGGCGUUGAGGGGUCUCGGGCCAGCCACAGACGCUGCUUGCCGCUCUGCCCUGCUCUCUACCGCACCCACUUGUUAA